CCUCUAUCGAGAACGUUUCGAUCGCUUCCUAGCUCUAGAUUAAAGAGCUUAACAUGGAUACUCGCCACCUUAAGUACAGCUUUUGGACCGGAGGAAAUUUCAGCAAUAGCAACAAUAGCACUGACUUUGAUUCGAAUUUGGAACGCCCUCAAGAUGUUUCCGUGGAUUCCGUCUUGACAUCGUUGUACUUCAAUAGCAUUGUAUUUGUCAUGCUCAUGGCCAGUUAUGAAAUCUUACGUCGUGUGUUCCCUGCUGUAUACUCAUCCCGUAAACGAAUUUCACACGCUCGUCCCGAUACACAGAAUGGUCAUCGACCGGAAGCUCCCUUGCACGAGGAUGCCACAGUGCCCGACCCGAAUGGCACCGACUAUCCCAAAAUUCAUCACGAGCGUCAUGCUUCGUUGACUUCUCUGCCGGACGAUCGACCACUCGACUGGCUUGGGCCCGUAUUUGGCGUGCCCUGGAGCAAGGUUCGUCGCAUUGCGGGCUUGGAUGGGUACUUCUUUCUACGCUAUAUACGUAUGAAUGUGAGAAUUACGGCCGUUUCCACGUUUUGGUUCUUUCUGAUACUGGUCCCUAUUUACGCGACGGGUAGUUCAAAGGAACACUCGGCGGAGGGAUGGUAUCAUCUGUCGGCGGCGAAUAUUCCAAGAGACGGUUGGCGUAUGUGGAUACCUUGCCUUUUCGCGUACUUGUUCAGCGCCUUUGUUUGCUUUGUUGUCAAGCAGGAGUAUCGGCACUUUCUGGACCUCAGACAAGACUUUUUGGCGAGAGGAAACAUGCACGUCGAUCCGCAACACCAUCAUUCCUUGGAAAUUGAAAAUAUUCCCUACGAAUUACGAUCGGAUCGUGCCUUGAAAGAAUAUUUCGAAAAGAUGUUUCCCGGACGCGUUCAUUCAGCCAGUGUCGUUCUCAAUCUACCGGAACUGGAGGACGCCUCCGUCAGAUGUAUGAGAACAUGUCGUCGUCUCGAAAAGAGUAUUGCUUUUUUGCACGCAACGGGUAGCCGGCCCACUCACGUUGUUGGCCGUGGCCGAAUAUCUUGCUUGGGAAUCGAGCUACAACCGUUGGACUGCAAUUGCACAGCGAGUCAGGAAACCUUGUUCGUCGAGAACGAUAUGCGAGCAGAACGACCGAAGAGAGGAACUCGUGUCGACUCAAUUUCGUACUACGCACAAGAACUGGCAGCCGAUAGUCGAUCGUUAUUUCAGAUGCAAAAACGCAAAUCACGGAUUGCGGAAUCUGGAAAUCAGUUAAAACAGGUGGACAACUGGUUGGACAAGGCGGUCCGCCAAGCAUCAGAGGUUGCGAAUACAAUUUUGGAAGACUCAAUAAAGGACAACCAUUUGACUUCGCCGUACGAGAGCUUUGACGAAGGUGGAACAGUACCUCCAGCCGAGAGCAUGACUUCCAGGUAUGGGUCCUUCAGUCAGGCAAUCAGCCAUCGAGCAAUAUACGGACGGAGCAAAUUUGACAAAAUUCCUGAGGAAAGAAAGGAACCUCUUGUUUGUGAUGAUGAAAUGUCAGACUCGACCGAAGACUCUGAUUUUCCAAUCCCCUUUAGUAGAGAUAGCUAUCAAAACAGGUGGAGACGUUGGGCAGGUCGGUUAGGUUUAGACUUUGCCAUUGCCGGUCUUAAACUUGUUAAUAAGCAGCUCGACGUUGCACUUGAAGAAGUCGUCGGAGCUACAAUGUCUUCUACUGGGUAUGUCACGUUCUUGGAUCUUUCCUCGACAACAUGCGCGGCGAGUGCACCACUGACGGUGAAGGCCAAUGUUCUCGAUGUAUCUGUUGCUCCCGAACCUAGGGAUAUCAUUUGGAAAAAUGCUCAUAUUUCCAAGAGAUCACAGUUGAGACGUGGCAAUUUCACGAACUUCUUUCUAUUUCUUGGCGUUAUUCUAUGGAGUUUCCCUCUGGCUGCUAUUCAAGCUUUCGCAAAAGCUGAGUUUUUGGCACAAAUUCCUGGAAUGGAAUGGAUUUUAACUUUUCAUGGGGGAACUUUUACAAACUUUAUGAACGGCUACCUUCCAGUGGUGGCCCUUUUGUGUCUGAUCCUUAUACUUCCGUUGAUUUUUGAGUAUGUGGCUGUGAGUUACGAGCAUCGCAAGACUUAUUCGGAUGUUCAAUCAUCAAUGCUGAGCCGUUACUUCUAUUAUCAGCUUGCCAACAUCUAUGUGUCUGUGACUGCAGGAUCAAUUCUGAAGUCUCUUUCGGACAUUCUUGACCAUCCAUCGAACAUUUUGCAACUUUUAGGGGACUCCUUGCCUACCAUGGUCGGCUACUUUGAUGCUCUAUUAGUCACAAAGAUUAUGGCCGGUCUACCAAUGAUUUUCUUAAGGUUUGGUGCAUUGUCCCGUAUGCUUUUUUUGAAAACACUGUCAAACGAAAAGAAAAUGACACAGCGUGAACUCGAUGCCGUGUAUAGGCUGGAAAAUGUCCAGUACGGGUGGGAGUUUCCAACACAGCUUCUUGUGGUUGUGAUAGUUUUUACGUAUGCCAUUAUUUGCCCCGUCAUCCUCCCGUUUGGCUUGCUUUACUUCCUCGGAGCACUUUUGGUGUACAAAAAGCAAGUACUAUACGUCUACAGUCCGGUAUACGAAAGCGGAGGUGCUAUGUUUCCCGUUGUAGUCCAGCGAACGCUUUUCGGAUUGGUGUGCGGCCAGAUGACAUUUAUUGGAUAUGUGGUAACACGAGGUUGUUACUAUCAGCCCAUUUGCUUAUUCCCUUUACCUAUUGGCACAAUUUGGGCAAUGAACUUUUUCCGACAAAAUUAUGCAGAUCCUAGCACUCGGCUAAGUCUGGAACGGGCCCGCGAAUGCGAUCGGUUGUCCUCGUCUAAAGCGGCAACGGAAGAGGAUGGAUUGGACAGCAACAUUGACCGUGGCGUAGAAUUGCGAAGAACGAAAUUCGAUCGCAAGUCAUACCGGCAACCUGUCCUCACAGAGCUCGCCACGGAACCAGAGUUCUACCGCUCAGGCUUUCAAGACGACGAAACCUUCGCUGUAAGGAAACAGCUUCAACGAAUUAAUCGAUACAUCAAGGAAGCGACUUUGGAACACAAUGAUGGUCUCAAAGAUGCUUUGUUUCCAAUAUAGAAAAAAAUUAUCAUUUCCGUGGGCCUCAAAUACUUUUUACACCAUUCGUUUAUGAGAGCGGAGACAGUGAGAGUUAGCCUUUUCGGCCAAAGCGCUGUCUAAUCUAUACUGUGGUCCGUCGAAU